GACCCAGGGAGAAGAGAGGUUUUCUUCAAUGUUGUUCAAAACCAGGCGUAGAGCAUUUUCCUGGUUGUUUUCUGACGGUGAAUGUGAAGAAGUGAAUGCAUCACAAACUGUUGAAUCACAUGUGUUUCCUCAUCUUGUUGAGUCGAAAGAAAAAACUUUUGAUUCUUCCUCAGCUCUGAAAUCAUUGGAUAUAAAUCGGAGACCAAGAUCAAGCACUCCUAUUGUUGCUUGUAAAAGAUCAAAGACGGAUCUGAAAGAAAAUGAAGAUCCAGGCAUGGUAACCAAUCCAUACCAGGCUUUUGUGAUAGCCAGAGAUUCUUUGAGACACAGAGAAGAAGAAGCAAAGAUGCAAGCAGAAAUACAGAAAUUAGAUGAUGAAGUGGGUGAAUUGAAGCAGAAGACUGAGAUGUGUACGUCUUCUUUGAGUUCAUCAACUCUGCUACAAUCCCAAAUAUGUGAUGUUCUCUCAAGUUUUGAACAAGAAGAAAACCUCUCUUCUCUUGGGUCCAUUUUGGUUAAUUUGGGUCGGCGGGUUAAUUAGAAUAGGAAAUGGGUUUUAUGUUAAAAAUGAAUAAUUUAUUGUAAUUUGAAUCAUUCCAUUAAAUUAGGAGAACAAGUGAAUACUUUACUAACGAUAAAUAUGACCACAUAGGAUGA